GAGCGUUAUUUGUGUCCGCCCGUCCGAGAUGAGCUUCGGCAGGGGGUCAGGCAGCGUGCUCCAGACCGCUAUCAGGCAGUGAGAGAGGCAGGGAGAGGGAGAGAGAGAGAGAGCGGGGGACAGGCUAAGCUCCAGCCCGGGAGAAGCGAUGAUGGCGGCGGCCGUGGAGAGAGGAGGGGUCCGGGCCGCCUUCUUGAAUCCAGGGACCGGCGGGGGUGUUGGUGGAUUUGCACCCCUGCCCGUGCUCGCUGCGCCCGGAGCCAUGACCGGGGCUGCUGGUUCGGCGGGUUCGGGACCCAUGCCUGUGCCUAUGAACCUUUUCGCUACGUGGGAGAUUGACCGAUCCUCUCCGAGCUGCGUUCCGAGACUGUGCAGCCUGACACUGAAGAAACUGAUCGUUCUGAAAGAACUGGAUCGGGAUCUGAACUCUGUGGUCAUCGCUGUGAAGAUCCAGGGCUCUAAACGUAUACUGAGAUCCAACGAGUAUGUUCUCCCUCCCAGCGGCCUGAUGGAGACGGACCUGGAGCUCACCUUCUCCCUGCAGUAUCCUCAUUUCCUGAAGAGGGAUGCUAACCGCUUACAGAUUAUGCUCCAGAGGAGGAAGCGCUAUAAGAACCGGACUAUACUGGGCUACAAGACUCUGGCUGUGGGUGUCAUCAACAUGGCAGAGGUAAUGCAGCACCCAACAGACGGAGGACAGAUUCUAGGUCUCCACAGCAACGUUAAGGAAGCCCCUGUUCGAGCAGCAGAGCUGAGUGUGUACUCGCUGUCCAGUCAACCCAUUGAUCCAGAAGACGGCAGUGGUCAGCCAGGAGCCAAGGCCAAAGCUUCAGACCGAUCUCCAGAUAUGGAUAACUAUUCUGAAGAUGAUGAUGAUAGUUACUCGUCAGAGCAGGAGGCCAGUGAUGACGCAGUUCAGGCCCAGGACCUGUACGAUGAGGACGAUGAAGUUCAGCGGAAGCCGAAGAAAUCCAGGAGGAAAAUGAUCCGGACCACGUCUAUGACAAGGCAACCUAAUUUUAAACAGAAGUUUGUUGCCCUUCUGAAGAGAUUUAAAGUGUCGGAUGAGGUUCUGGACUCUGACCCAGUGGAUCAGACUCAUGAGGUGGAGGAGGAUCUGGACCUGCUGUAUGACAGUAUAGAAGUGUACAAUCAGAGUGACAGUGGGCCGGAGAUGGAGGACAAUGAGAGUGUCCUCAGCACUCCCAAACCCAAACUCAAGCCGUUCUUUGAGGGCAUGUCUCACUCCAGCUCUCAGACUGAGAUCGGCAGUUUGCACAGUCAGAAGAGUCAGCCCAGAGAGCAGCCUGCACAUGGUGGAGACCAGCUGACGGUGGAGAAGGAGAGAGCUGUAGUCGGGAGGUUCCAGGAUGAAGCUACAGUAGUGGAUUCUGUAUCGGCGGAGGUGACGGAGGAGGAGACGGGUACGGGAGCUCUCCCGUGUGAUGCGAACAUCAGCUGGGAGAUCAGCACGGAGAAACUGGCCAGCUCAGUGGGCAAACUCUGCAAGACCGAGUCUCAGACCCACAUGUCACCAAGUAAAACAGACAGCAAGCUGCAGAGACGGCCGCGUAGCACCUCUAUGAAGGACAGACAAAACUCGAAAGCUCAGAGCGACAGAACCAGUAGCAUCGACAGCGAAACCUCCCCCGACUCCAGACUCAUCGUACAGGUUCCUAGGAAGUCAGUGUAUGAUCAGUUAAAUCAGAUCCUGAACACAGAUGAGCAGCUGCCCGAGAGCAUCAUCCUCAUCAACACCGUGGACUGGCAGGGCCAGUAUCUAAACGAGAUCCUCCACGAGCACAACCAGCCCAUCGUCUCCACCAUCUCUGCUGCUGAUGUUCAAGCUGCCUUCAACACCAUCGUUACCAGGAUACAGAGAUUCUGUAACUGUAAUGCUCAGACUCCGCCCACGAUUAAGGUGGCAGUCGCAGGAGACCAGACGUACCUCAGCACUGUGCUUAGAUGCUUUGUGGAGCAGCUGGCUAACAAGACUCCUGAUUGGCUGAGUUACAUCCGGUUCCUGGUCAUCCCUGUCGGUUGCCACCCUGUGGCGAAGUAUAUCUCAUCUUUUGACAGCAAGUUUAACACCAUCUUUCUGGAUGCCGGCUGGAGAGACGUUUUUGGGAGAUUGGAGGCCCCAACAUCAGAUAAUAUUGAUGUGGCUGGCCGAGUAUCGCAGUACCUCGCUGGAGCGAACACGUCCCAUCAGUUUCCCAUCUCUGAAGCUAUGCUCACCUACAAGCAGAAAAGGAAGAGAAGUUUAUAUUUUGAUUUUUACAUCAGUCCUGAUGAAGACUCCUGUCAGAAGUUUGUGCCGUUUAUCGGGUUGGUGAAAGUCGGCAUUGUUGAGCACAACUUGUCCACUUCAGUGGACUCUGAUGAUGCCAUGAUGAUGGGCAGCAUAAACAUGCUGUCUUCACCUCCAGCCCAGACCGGGGUCCCGCACAGCAAAGAUAUCACCUGCACCCCGCCGUCCUCUCCCUCUGUGUCUGCCAGUCUCUCUGGAGCAGGUUCUCCAGGUGCAGGAGGAGAGGUGAUGGGCCUCCAGGUGGAUUACUGGACGUGUCAGGGUGCAGAGAAGAAGAAAGAGGGAGAGAAGAGAGACGUGGGGAUUAAAAACACACUGAAGAGUAACUUCCGCUCCCUGCAGGUCUCCCGAAUCCCCAGCGGAGGAGAGCUCACCCCUCCGCCUGGCAUGUCCAUGACUGUAGUAAUGAAGGAGAAGAAUAAGAAAGUGAUUUUCCUCAGCAAGAAGCCAAAAGAAAAGGAUGUGGACUCCAAGAGCCAGGUGAUAGAUGGCAUCAGUAGACUGAUCUGCACGGCCAAGCACCAGCACACAAUGCUGAGAGUCUCAAUAGAUGGUGUGGAAUGGCACGAUGUGAAGUUUUUCCAGCUGGCGGCGCAGUGGCCCACUCACGUAAAGCACUUCCCUGUGGGAAUCUUCGGCUACACCAAGCCCAUGUGACCAAGUCUCUGCUAACCUAGAGUUACAAAACUUUCCCUGGAAUCCACCUCAGUAAAGUGUGAGAGAAUACUGAGGAAAAGAGGAGCAGAGAGUGAAAUAAAUACAUGAAUUAAAUGGAUUCAUGGAGGAAAACACUCCGAAGCCUGUGUCCCUGAAACAAGACAAAUGUUGUUUUUAAUGUAACUGUAUUGUUAUUCGCUGUUAAACCAGACAGCUAUUCCUAAUGAUUUUUUUAUAUAUAAAUAUCUGUAUGUAUGUUUAAAAAAUACUACAGUAUAUAUAUGCGCUGCCUUUUUGUAUACAUAUUGUGGUUAGAAUUACAGGGCCACCAUGUAACGGCAGCUUGGUUUGCACUUUGUUUGGUUACAGUUUUAUUGUUUUGGAGAUUUCCUGUGGUGGUAUUUGUUCUGUGGUGUGUGUGUGUGUGUGUGUUUGGUGACGAGGGGCAAAGCAAUGUGAUUACACUGACUGGUUUGUACUGGGCUUUUGGUGCGUUAGUGGUUGGGUCGGGUGGUUUAUGGGGGGUUUAAAGUGACUUUGCUGUCACGUUUUAGGAGGAAGAGCUGUUCCUGCUGAAAUGCUACUUCCUCUUUAGGUUUUAGAUGGGAGAAGUGAAUUAAAAGCGAUCAGAUUUGAUUGUGAUGGUUUGAUUUUUGAGAGCACAUUCUUUUGUAGGCAAAAAUCGUCGAAACUAAAGAAGAACCAGAUGCUUGUUUCGUUGCGUCUGAGCUUUACUGUAAACAAGGGAAAGUCGUUUUGGUGCAGAUCUAAAGGGAGGUUUUAAAUCGGCAGCCGUUAGGUGGUGAUAUAAAUUCUGGCCUUGGAUAAUAAUAAUACCUCUGUUUAAAAAGUGAUAUGGACUCAGACCAAAAACUGUUGUACUGUACAAAUGUAUUGCAGUGUAACAACAUGCCCUUUAAUCCUGAUCUGCUUGGUGUGUGUGAGGCUGAGGCCAGCUGGCGUGAUUUUCUUACAUUACCCUGUUCUGUUCUGGCUGCCAUCGAUGGGUUAAUUAGGGAGUGAUGCUGACAGUGCUGAUUUUUUGACUGUAUUUGAUGGAGUGCUAAUCUGAAUACAGGGUCCAGUAAUUCAGCUGUUGACUGCCAUUAAAGGGCUCUUGCUAAAAACAGCCGAAUGUGAGCCGAGAGGAAGGCGCUCGGCCUAUUUUCCAGCUGUUGGUGAUUUUUCCUGCAGAGCUGUUUUUUGUACAUUCAUAUAUUCAUUCUUUCCACUAAAGUCCCUUUAUAAAUGUCCGUGUCUGUGUUUCAGCUAACAGAAGUGUGUGGAGGGGGUCGUUGAGUGAGUGAGACAGAGUGUGUGUUUGUGUGCGUGUGACCACUUUUUGCUACCCUUGUGAGGACCGUUCUCGUGAAGACCGUUCUUGUGAGGAGCGUUCUUGUGAGGAGCGUUCUUGUGAGGAGCGUUCUUGUGAGGACCGUUCUUUGUGAAGGCCGUUCUUUGUGAAGACAGUUCUUUGUGAGGACCGUUCUUGUGAGGACCGUUCUUGUGAGGACCGUUCUUGAGGACCGUUCUUGUGAAGACCGUUCUUGUGAGGACUGUUCUUGUGAAGACCGUUCUCGUGAGGACCGUUCUCGUGAAGACCGUUCUCGUGAAGACCGUUCUUGUGAGGACCGUUCUUUGUGAGGACCGUUCUUUGUGAGGACAGAUGUUUGUGAGGAGCGUUCUUUGUGAGGACCGUUCUUGUGAGGACCGUUCUUGUGAGGAACGUUCUUGUGAGGACCGUUCUUUUCUGAAGACCGUUCUCGUGAAGACCGUUCUUGUGAGGAUCGUUCUUUGUGAGGACCGUUCUUUGUGAGGACCGUUCUUUUGUGAAAACCGUUCUUGUGAGGACCGUUCUUUGUGAGGACAGAUGUUUGUGAGGAGCGUUCUUUGUGAGGAGCGUUCUUGUGAGGACCGUUCUUUGUGAGGACAGAUGUUUGUGAGGAGCGUUCUUUGUGAGGAGCGUUCUUGUGAGGACCGUUCUUGUGAGGACCGUUCUUGUGAGGAACGUUCUUGUGAGGACCGUUCUUUUGUGAAGACCGUUCUCGUGAGGACCGUUCUCGUGAGGAGCGUUCUUUGUGAGGAGCGUUCUUGUGAGGAACGUUCUUGUGAGGACCGUUCUUGUGAGGACCGUUCUUUUGUGAAGACCGUUCUCGUGAGGACCGUUCUUGUGAGGAUCGUUCUUUGUGAGGAUCGUUC